AUGACCAACGGAGACUUGGAAGCACGGUCUCCCCACGUAAUGCUGUUUGAGAUUGAAACAUUAGUUUCGAACAAGAAGGACCCGACUCAAAAAGAAGGUUUCAGUGAUCCGUCAAACGACACGAUCGCGCAUCAGGUUCUUCGGCGUCUUUUCGACGAGAACUACGACAAGAACAUGGUUCCGCUCAAGACGUCGGCCACCGUCGUUUCCAUUGAGUUUGGCAUUCAGAACAUUGCGCAGGUGUCUGAAAUCUCAGCCAGUUUCACAUUAGAUUUGCUCUUCAGGUUUGAUGACCUAUCAUUAGUUAGCUUUUUAUCUGUUCCAGCCAAAUUUGGCACGAUCCGAGAUUGAGAUUUGAGCACCUGACGCCGUGCCUUCAGAAUCUCACGCUCGGAUAUCAAGUUCGUUAAAAUGCCAAGAAAAAGAUACUUUGGGAAAACUACGAAAAAUUUGCAGAUGGUAGAGAAGUUGUGGUCGCCGAACGUCUGCUUCGUAAACUCGAAGAGAACAGAGAUCCAUUCAUCGCCUACGCCCAACAUUUUCCUCAUGAUCUAUCCCAAUGGAACCAUCUGGGUUGGUUUUUUAUUUGAAUGAAAAGAGUUCUUUACAAUAGCAGCACUAUUUCAGCAUCACAUUUUUCGUUUAAAAAUUAAAACUGAUCUUCUGAAUCGUCUUUAAGUAGGACCACAGGAAGUAUUAACCAGGCCGAAAAGCUAAACGACCUGGGUUUCAUUCACAACUAAGGAGUGCGCGAAUGGAAGCACUUCACAACGCAUCUCACAACGAGAACAAAAAAAACUUCAAAGCUUGAAAUAGAGACAAGAGUAAGCAAACUAUCUUCGCUAUAACAGCACAUUUAUAAAUUUGUAAAAGCCAAAAGAUAUCUCAUAAGAUGUGUCAACCUAAAGAUUUUAUCUUAUAACCUAUUGAAUAACUUUCAGGUAAACUAUCGACUUCAAGUCCAAAGCCCUUGUUUGGUAGACCUGGUGCUGUUUCCAAUGGAUGUGAUGGUACGAAAAAGCCUCGAAAAAGGUUCAAAACUUCCGUCCAGAACUGCGAGCUGAUAAUCGAGAGCUACGCAUACAACGCGGCGAAGGUCCGGUUGAACUGGCGUGAAUGGGCGCCCGUUUUCUCGAUUGCCAAGUCAAAACUCUCCGACUUCACUCUUUACGGACUUCAGUGGACCAAGAACAACUUCGAAUAUGCUGCAGGUCAAUGGGAUCAGGUUUAAAAAUGGUUCCCGGUAUAUCAAAUCAACUCAUUUUUCUAGCUCACUGUUUCUCUGACUUUCUCACGAGCCUAUGGUUUUUACAUACUUCAAAUGUACAUACCAACAUACUCUUCUGUAUUUCUUUCCUUCGUUAGUUUUUGGAUAGAUCUGAAGGCCUUACCAGCAAGAAUUACUCUCGGCGUCAGUUCUCUCAUGGCUCUCACAUUCCAGGUCCUCCUUAUUGCUAGAAAAGUUGACCAAGAAACUUUUUUUUAGUACGGCAACGUGGCCAAAACGCUGCCAAAAGUUGGUUACGUCAAGUCGAUGGACGUGUAUAUGGUUCUGACAACAGGGUUUUUAUAGUUUACUAUAACGAAAAAUUGAUAAAAACACUCGAAAGUGCUACUAUGAACAAGUUCAAUAUUUUUGAGAUUCAUAUUCCUGACAAUGAUAGAAGUUGCAUUCGUCUGCUACCUGGACAGCGAAAACAACAUUCGGCGGAAAGCAAGACAGACUGAGAAAAAACGCGAGAGACUUGCAGCCUUGCAAAAGUAAGUAGAGCCUUGCCUGAUUUUUCAUAUAGACUAUUUCAGAAAAAAAAGUUCAUGAAAUAAACAUUUCCAGAAAAAGAGAUAAGAAGAAAAACAACUACGGAGCAACGACUGUGACGAAUUCCCCUGCAGUGGAGGCCGACUUGCGCAGUCACUACGAUGAAGGUUUUCCGGUGAGUACCGACGGCCAUUUUUUGAGACUUCCUUUGUCUCCAAGAUCAACGGAGGACCCGUACAUAAAACGUCGAUUGGUCGACAAGCAAACCACGUCUUCGAAUCGCUUCACGCGUUGGCCACCAUAGGGCUUCUGACAGACGAAGAAGAAAUUCCGACGAGGUGGACGGCCGAGAACGUCGACAAGUUCUGCAGGUUUCCUACGAACAAAUUCAGCGUUUUCAAUGCUUUUCAAACGUGUGGGCAUCUUCAAAACUCAAAACUCAAAAUUUGAACAAUAAAACAUUAGGAAUAAAGACUUUUUCGAAAAUAUUCACACAUCUUUUAUUUUAUUUUCUAUUACAGAAAGGCGUUUCCCCUCGCCUUUUGUCUACUCAACAUCAUAUACUGGUGCUAUUACUUAAUACUCAACUAUCAAGCCAAGGAACGUGCCGUGGCUCAAAUGCCAACUUCAUGA